AUGACAAUCAUUGGGCUUGUAGUUGGUGUAGCUAGCGCUAUACUUCUCUCUUAUGCAUCUCGCUGUUUCUUUGAGACCGGUCAAUUAUCUGGGUGCUUCUUUGCUGGCAUAGGCUCUACCUUAUGUCCAUCUCAUGCUGAUGGCACCGUAGUCUCAAGCCCGGAACUGCAAAUUGCCAUCAAUUCACCCCGCCACACAUGGGAAGACUUUCAGCAGCAUAUUGCAGACUUAGAGGGCCAUGUGUCAGUUCUGAAGGAGCGCAUUUUGGAGUCAGAGAAGCAGAUUGCAGACCUCAAGCAGAACACUAUUUCUCGUGCAGCCUUGAGUCGUACAGUCCAAGAGGCUUUUCAGCGUCAUUCAUUCGGUCACCUUGACCUUCCGGAUUUUGCUCUCAGCUCUGCUGGUGCUCAGGUCAUCCAUGAACUCACCACCCAGGCCACUGGCCUUCGCAUCCCUUUCCUUUCACCAAAGGUCCAUCCACCCGAACUCGCCUUGAAGCCAAACAAAGAAAUUGGCUCUUGUUGGCGCAUCAACGCGCGCCACGGGCAGCUUGGUGUUUUCCUGGCCACCCCCAUUGCAGUCACUCACGUUACCAUCGAGCAUCCUCCAAAGCAAAUGAGCCCGGAGAUUGAGCUGGCCCCUCAAAUAAUCAUUGUAUGGGGGCUUGUUAUGGAAAAGGAGAAGAAUCUGGCAGCCGAGGGUAUCACGCUACCUUCAGACUUAGCCCAAGCACUGGGCUCUCGGAAAUCCCCCCCCAUAGCUUUGUCACGCGAUGUUUAUGCACCGCUGGCUUUCUUCGUAUACAACAUCUCCUCCCCAAACCCAGUUCAAACAUUUCCUGUAUUUGAGGAUGCGAAGGCUUUGAAGAUUAUGACGGAAAUAGUUGUGGUGGAAAUAAUGGAUAACUGGGGUGCAGGGGCUACUUGUCUAUACCGUGUUCAGAUCCAUGGUGAAAAGGAGGGCUAG